AUGAUUGUGCGCAUCAACGCUUUUCCAGGAAUGCACCCUCAGCCAACAAAGAGCAAACACCUCAUCCUCUCCAUCAACACACAGAGCGCACGCACCGAGUCGCAGCCAACGAGGCUAAGGGAUGGUAGGGGAUUUGACAUUGUAUUUGUUGCCAGAUUAGAAUAG